AUGUCGACGCUCAAAGAACAGCUGCCAUGGACGUCGUCGCCGCUAAUCAUGAACGCGCCUAUGGCGGGGUUCGCAGGUGGUAAACUCGCGUCGGCUGUAACGCUCGCGGGUGGCCUUGGUAUGAUCGGAGGUCUGUUCAAUAUGGAAGACGUAAAGAAAGAGCUGCGUACUGCCGCAGAAGCCUUUAGAGCCAAGCCUGACCUCUCGACAUCGCGUACCCUUCCAGUUGGUCUCGGCUUCCUCCCUUUCAUGCUAAAGCUGCAAGACAUUCUCCCAGUAAUCGAAGAGUUCAAGCCUGCCGUGGUCUGGCUAUUCGUUCCGAAAUCGUUAGACGACUUCGCGGAAUGGGUGUCGGCGAUACGCAAAGUCUCACCAGAGAGCAAGAUCUGGAUUCAACUCGGUAGUGUGGCAGCAGCUCUUCACGUCGCGAAGAUCGCGCAACCGGACGUUCUGUGUCUCCAAGGUGCGGAUGCUGGGGGUCAUGGCUUCGAGAAGGGUGCAAGUAUCGUUUCACUGUUACCAGAGGCGUCGGAUGCACUUGCCGCGGGAGGCUUCUCACAUGUGCCCAUCAUAGCAUCAGGCGGUAUCGCUGACGGACGCGGCGUUGCUGCCGCACUCACACUGGGUGCUGAGGGCGUUGUGAUGGGGACGCGUUUUCUGGCUUCGGAAGAGGUGAACGUACAUCCCGUGUACCAAGCUGCAGUCCUGGAAGCACAAGAUGGCGGUCAAGUGACGACGCGUUCGAAGCUGUUCGAUCAGCUGCGCGGCCCCAACAUAUGGCCAGAGCUGUAUGAUGGACGCGGCUUGGUAGCCCAGAGUCACCGGGAUUCUGCGAGUGGCAUGAGCCUAGAAGAGAUACAAAACUUGCACAACGAGGCUGUUACAGGCGAAGACAAAGGAUACAAGACGGGCUUGCAAGGGCGCGCGGCGAUUUGGGCUGGCACUGGUGUGGGUUUGGUCAAGGAAGUGCAAAGUGCGGGAGAGAUUGUGCGGAAGGUGCGACAAGACGCUAGAGAUAUUUUGGCCAGAGUGGCGAAGCUGUAG